GCCGAUGCGGUGCUGCCCUGCCGGGCCGGGCCAGGUCGGGCCGCGCGUUACCCGCGUCGCCAUGACACCCGCGGACGUUACAAUCGCAACAAUAAACGCGGCGCGGAGGCGGCGCUGCCCGGAGCAGCGGGCUCCGGGUGGGCGGUACCAGCUCCCCCCGCGCCGCCCGCCCGCGGAGGGCUCCCGGAGGGCGCGGGGAACCAGCGCAGCCCAUCCAACCCCCGGGAGCGAGCUGACAGCCCGCCAUGGCGGAGAGCUUGAGGAGGCUGGUCAGCGCGGAGAGCGGCCGGGUGCUGCAGGAGAAGCUGGAGAACUGGUACCGGAACUACGAGUUUAAUUCCUGUGAUCAGAAUCUGAACCGAUGCUGUGAAAUAUUAGAACUGAGCUCUGAGAUUCAAGGGCAGCUCUUCGCAAUCCUCAAUGAAACAUCUCGAGAAGGCGGGCAAUAUGCAGGCGUAGAAACAAUCAAAACUCGUCUCCUGCCACGGCUAGCACCUUGUUUUACCUGUUCUUCAUCAGGAAGGAUCUUUGAAACCACUCUCACUCAGGAUUUAAUUGAGAAAGAGAGGCAGCUGAGAGAGCUGGCCAGCAACCAGAAUUUUGAACUGCAAGAGCUGCAGGAAGAACUGACUUCAACUCGUCUAAAGCUCAACCGAGUGCAACAAGAUCUGAAGAUUUCUCCUGCUCAAGAGAAGGAUACCCAGAAGAAGUUAGAUCAUCUGAAUGACUAUGAGCAUCAAAUUCAAAUGCUGAAGGAUAAGAUUUCUAUCCUGGAUGCCGAAAAGUCUCUUCUCCAAAGCAGGCUUGCACGGAGCCGCUCUCCUUCCCCAAGGCACAGAGAGAACAAGUCACUCAGUCUGCUUCCCCUGAGGAGCUGCUCACCUGGCCGAGCCAGGCGCACAAACGCUUCCCGUCGCGCCUGCUUGAUAACACGCUUUGGUGACAUUUAUGAUCAUAGACGCUUGGACGCGGAGACCUUUUUGAAGGCAUACAUCAGUGACAUGGAGAUGGUACACAGGAUAAUAUACAUUGCAGCUGUGGAGUCUUUUCAUGCAGCGAAGAUGGCCUACAGGCAGUUCAAACUACGUGUAACAGAGACUCUGUCUCUCGGUCACACGGGGCCGGAAUCACUUGAAGAUACUGUCCUGGAUUACAUAGUUGACCAUGAGGAUCUGUAUGAUGUUCAAGCCAGUGUCAACGAAGUAAUUCGCUCCAUGAACAUCAACCCAAAGAUUUCAUUUCCACCAGAAACUGAUUUCAUUGUGAUCAGCACUUUGAUUCGAGAGCUGUGCCUUGUGGCUUUUUUAAUGCAGACACUUGUUCCUCCUCUUGAUAUUGCCUUUGGGAUUGAUGGAGAACUUUUCAGUGACACCAAGUACCAUCGUAGUUUUGACUCCGAUUUCACAGCUGCCUUGGUGGCCUAUCAUGUAUGGCCCGCACUGAUGGAAAAUGAUGUUGUUAUUGUGAAGGGAGAAGCAGUCACAAAGAGAGGAGCUCUGUGGUCUUGCAGAAGUAGAAGUAGAAGCAGAAACACAAACAGAAGCCAAAGCUGCAGCCGAAGCCGCAGCACCAGUCCUCUUCUAGCUCAUCACUUGUCUCGAAGCCGCAGUCCUUCACCACUGAAGAAUAGAUGCCUAAGGUGCUAGCUGAACAUGUUCCUAUGAUGCAGUACAUCCAGAUCCAACAACUUCACUGGUGCCUUCUCUCUUCAAGAAUACCUCAAAUCUCACAAUAAUGUGAACAGCAAUUAUCACUCCAAAUGGAGUUUGUGUUCAGUGUGGUUUUUAGAGUUAUGGAAGGCUUAUUUAUAAUUUUAGAAACUAAUUCAACCCUUCUGAUUAAAAAAAAAAAGUGCAUGCAGUACAAGAUCAUACAGAUUUGGCAAAAUUUGCAGAGCACUGAGGAACCCACGCUGUAGUCCUGCAGAUGGAGAUAGAAUUAUUGCAUCUUAGAAUGUUUUGUAACAGGGAUACCAAAUGAUUAGUUUAUCUUUAUAGGAUGUUUAAUAUCACCUAAAUCAUUGAUGAUCUGAAAGGUCUUUUCCAACCUAGUUGAUUCCAUGAUUCUAUGAAUGUUGCACAGUGUUGAGGUUUGAAAACAAUUCCAUUAAUUGGUGCUUAUUUACAAUUUUAGAAAAUAGCAAUAAUCUGAGGAUGUGCCAGUCUCACACAGCAUCCUUUUAAAUAUGUCCUUGCAGGAAACUGAAUUUUCUAACUGCAAUGUGCAAGUUGCACGGAACAGUAUUCCAGCAAUCCCCAGGGCUUUAGUGACACUUCCUUAGGAAAGCAUGCGAAUGUGCUUUUGGAAAGCCUUGUUAAAUAAAUACAUUGUUACUUAGAAGUGAAUAUCAUACAAAUUUAUAGUUUGGAAUUUGAAAGUUUUUUGAACAUGUGCUACUGACUAUUUGUAAGCUUGAAAUAUUUGCUUGGUUUGGCCUAUUUGGUAUAAAUUUUAACGGACUUUCAUACCAGAGAUAGAUUAAUAAUUCUUGUGAACACAGGGAAAAAAGUCGUCUUCAGUUAUCUCUUACUGUGGGUGUUUAUUACAUUUUAAGUGUAAAAAUGAGACCUGUAUAGAUUUUAUUCUGGCACUUUACAUGGUUGGGGGUUUCUUUUUUUUCCAUUGUAAAUGUUUAUUUUAAUAUCAGAAUUUUUGUUUUCAGGAGAACUGAUACUGUUUCUCUCUCAGAACUUCAUCUGUAGGGCCAACUUUAAAUGCAAACCACACAAGUGACUGCCUGGGGCCUUGUGCUUUUGCACAGAAACAUAGGAUUUGUCAUAAUGGAGCUGAUGUGUAAUUGACCAGCUCCACUGUCUCAUUCCAGUCAAUAAUUGAUGUUUCAAAGGUAUGUGGAGCUUUCCCCAAAUUCAUCUCUGGAAUUUUGGAAUAUAAAGAAUCAGAAGGAGGAAAAAUUCCUUUCUGCAUCCUCUUUUAAUCAGCCUAUGCCCUAGAACAUGACACCUCAUUGGUACUACUGUCAUAGCAUGAACAAAAAUAUUUUUAUCAGUUCUGAAACUAUUUAGUCCUUGAAAUUAAGUUACAGAAGCAGAUUUUGCAAUCCCUUUCCAGGGAUCUUAUGCAGAUUUACACAUUGAUGCUCUUUCUCUCUACUUCUUGUGUGGCUUAAGAGUUUGGCGCAAGGCUUUUUGCACAGGAUCAGAUUUCAGGCAGACUUUAGCAUUGGUCCCUAUGAGCCAUGGAUCAGCUGGGGCUCUAGUUCUACAGAUGUAUUUUCAUUCGAAUUCGGCCCAUUAGUAACUGAUGAAAGGAAAAUUAGGAAGAAAUUCUUUACUGUGACGGUGGCGAGGCACCGAACAGGUUGCCCCAAGAAGUUGUGGCUGCCCCAUCCCUGGAAGUGUUCAAGGCCAGGCUGGAUGGGGCUUUGAGUAACCUGGUCUAGUGGAAAGUGUCCCUGCCCAUGACAGGAGGAUUGGAACUGGAUGAUAUUUAAGGUCACUUCCAACCCAAACUAAUCUGUGGUUCUGCGAACAUGAGGUCCUGUACAUGGAGAGUCAUUCACAGAGCUGCUGCGAAUAGACUAAGCGGACACAAAAGCACAUGCACCUUAUGGUGUACUUUCUUGUUAUCUAAAAGUCACAAGUGAAAAUGCAAAGCAACGUAUUUCCUCUUACAAGAGGCUGAUUGUUGGUCACACCUAUGGAUCUGAGCUUUGAAGUAAACCUGCAUAUUUCUGCACUGAUCUCAUGACUAAAACCACCACAGUUCUGGAAAAACUCAGCACCUACAACUUGUGUGGCAACAGAAGAGAAUUUAUUUCCUGAGUAUGGUUUUGAACAGAAAACUGAAGAAUUUCUCAAAAUUUUGUAAUUACCAAGGGCUAAGUAGGUGUAGGUUUUUUAAAAAUUAGGUGUUGUAUGUUUGUCUUUCUGCAUGUAGUUACAAAGACAUGUCUGUGUAAUGAUUUUGAGUUCAAGUCAGUUUCCAUACCAACUGUAAGAAAACUAAGAUUACAUCAAGGAAGUAUGUUUUUCUUGACAAGCAGGAGAGGCAGGGUAGUUCCAGACUUGCACACAGCUGUGAUGCCACUAGGAACUAGUAUUCCUAAAGAUUUAAAAAUGCCAUAAAAGAUGAAUUCUCAAGUGCUUGGCAGACCAUCUCAUCUUACUCCCCAGCAGGUACCUAGAGAAUGAGUUAGUUCAUGCUUCAGAGCAGAGCAAACGAUUUUCAGUAAAAUAGGAAGUCACUCCACAGCAUGGUAACACUUAAUUGGGUGAACAAACCUUACUAUACUCAGUUGUACUCUGCAGCCCAUAGUCUUUUUAUAAGAAUAUACUGGUUUGUACUGGUUGCCUGUGUGGCUUAUUUAAAGCUAAUUAAAUCUGUAGGUCAGAUAGAAGGUUGCUUCUGGUGUCAAGCUAGACACUAACAACUCCUGUGCUGCUUUUUAUCCACAUGACAACAGUGCAGAGCAUUUAUACCAACAAAGAUUAUAUGUAAUUAAUCAGCAAAUGCAAAAUAACUUAUAAAAAGGGACUUCUGUAACUGCUUGUAAGACCCUAUAAAAGAAUGGAUCAUGAAUGUGAAAUUGAUGACUCGAUAUUUUCGUGAGAGUUUUUAAAACCUUGAGAUUUUUUUUUCUUUCUUUUUUUUUCUUCUCUAAAUCAAAGCCUGGAUAAUACCACAUUGUAACUACAGCAAAUUAGAAACAGUAGGGGUGGAUUCUAAUAGGUGACAAAUAAAAAAGCCAGCAAAAACUAUUACAAGAUAGUUUUUGAUCAUGAUCAUACUGUUCUAAGUGUUGAUUUCAGGAAAAAGAAGGCUAGAUUUUCAGCUAAUUUAAACUCUUUGCAAAUGGACAGAUGGAAGUGAGACUUUUUUACACUUUGUAAAGAAACACCACCUUUGAGCCAGGUGUUCAUGUAGAACCGCACAUUUUUGUGAGGGAUUUUGAGAUUGCUGGAGAAUUUCUCCUACUUGUAAGCCCUUUGAAGGCUGAUUAUGUCUGUCUCGAUUCAAAAGCUUUCUGGAGUCAGUCAAAAUAUGUGGAUGUUUUAUCACCUAUUUCUGGGGAAAAUACAAUGUCAUCAAAAUGUCUUCAGUCAUCUUCAGUGUUUGCAGCUCAAUAAGAGACCAAUGCAGAGCUGGCAGAGACUGAGGGUAAACAGCUCAGCUAUUUUUACUACUGCACAAUGAAGUUUUAAAUUUAGAAAUUAUUUUAGAUGGAUUCUUCCAACAUCCUGAUAAGAGGAAGAAAGUUGGGAGCAGGAGGUUGGUGGAGUCCUCCAAUCUAAUCUUGCUGGCAGUUAGCUUUGGUGCUGAUUCAGUCUUGUAGGAGGCUCUGGAGAUGAGUCUUAAGUUGAACCAAAAAUACUCUAAAGAAAGUAAAUGUGAAGGCCAAAAAUUGUCAAAAUGUACCCUGGAAAACACAUGCCUGUACAUCUUCCGGGAUUUGAGCCUUUUGACUUUACUUUUAUAUUGUGUGUACUGCAAAAGUUCGUCAUCCUGUAGAAGUGUCAUCAGAAUUAAAUAGUGUCUUUCAGCUUUAUGUAACCUUUGUCAGCUGUUUCUGAUUGUUGUUAACUACACAAUGAUUUUCUUACUGUAGUAUUAAAUAGUCUAGCUUUGUGUUAAAUAAAUGCAAAUCUCUUCAUUAUGGCUUGCAGCUACAUUAACGUGUUCAGAUUCAAUGUUUCAAGACUUGUAUUUCUUUUAGUCAUGCAGCACACUAAGCAAGUAUACUAAAGGUAUGUACAUUUCAUUUUAUGUAGGUUUUUGAUAGUUUAAACCAGCACAUGUAAGCAAACCUGUCACAGGCUUUCGCUGAUGUACAGGUGUGUUUAUGUGGAAGCUGUACCUUUUGGUAGACAGAGUAAAAGCAGAGUACUUAGUAUCAUUUUACUGUUAGCAGACAGAGGCAUGAACACAAAUGAAGUGGGUGGUGUAUUUAUACUUUCUUGUGGCUUUCAGAAAGAACACUUCUGCCUUGCAUAAUCAGUUCUCAAAGUAAUGUUACCUGCUUGAAAGUAAAAUGUCAGCCUGAAGGCACCGUUUACAACAGUUAGUAUCGCUUCCUGUGAAAUUGUUUUCCUCUAAAGGACUUUGGCCUGCAUUCAAAAUUCUUUGUUUUAAAAGAAAAAAUUACAAAGAGAUACCACUUUAGUUUAAUUCCUAAUUUUCACAGUAAGUGGCAUUUAGCCUUCUACAUUAGAGGAAUAUAAUUUAUCACAAGCAGAUAUGACACCUUUGUAGUCUGCAUUCAGGAUCUUCAGUGAAAACCUGUCUCUGCUAAUGAUACAUGCACCUCCAAAACAGCAUGGACAGACAAAUGCUAUCUGAAAGCAUCAUCUUCUAUUCACAGAUACCAUUUUGUGCUAUGAGCUUUUAUACAGUUUUAACUUUUUAUGACUGACUAUUUUUGGUUAAUACAAGAUAAAGAAUUUAAGAAAUGACAGGUAUUUUUAAAUUUAUAUAUAAAAUGACUCUACUAAUUCUUUUGAAAUAUUAGAAUAGCAGUUAUGUUAAAUGGCUCACAGCAAAGGUUUAUAAUAUGUUACAAAAUAAAAAUUUGGAAAAUAUGAAGGGCUAUUUUAUCAAUUUUUCUCUGUUUCUUAGGGCUAAGUUUUAUGACUGCUUUCAGGGUACCUUGUUCAUAGUUUAAUACUACAUUUAGUGCAUGUUUACCUUUUCACAAACUUUUAUUUUGUGUGCUUUAUUGUUUUAUGUGUCAAUCAGAAAUUGAAUGCAUUAUUCCUUAAAAGCACUUCACAAGUGUGUGAAUGAUUACUAUUCAGGUUGAGGUGAGUUGCUUGCAUGAGGGCAUGUGAAGUAUUAGCUGCUUCAUUGUGAAGUCCUCCCAAGGCAUGUUGUUGCUGCCUUCAACUUUAUCCUGAAUACGAUACCUUUGCUCAGAAAAGGGAAUUCUAUUAUUUCUAUAUGCUGCUGUAAUUUGGGCAGGAAUCUACCCAACUAAAACCAGACACAGGUAGAGCUGUGCCAGUCCUUUAAUAGAGAAAUACAAUUAGUAUUUUCACUUCCAGUCAGUGGACAGUGUAUUGCUCAACCUGAUGAACUUGUGGUUUCAAUGAAGUACUGUCUUCAAAUUCUUCAGUUGUUAAGUCAAUGAAAUGCAUAUGAAAUUUUGAAUUUAACCAUUUUCAGUUGAUUAACACCAGUUAGUACCAUAUGUUUUUCUCGCCCAGACUGGAAUUUCAGGAAUAACUAACUGCAAUCUGAAUAACAUGUCCGUUUCAAUUAGCCUAAAUAAACAGUGUGUUUUACACUAGUACCUCAAAA